UGGGUUCCUGUCUUGUCUUUGCCCUCUUUCUCCUUCUCACCGCUUGGCCCUCUUCCGAAGGAGGCCGGCAGGCUGCCCUUGGUCUCUGGGCCGGCUUGCACAGUCCGUCCUUUGGAAAAGAGCUUCUGGAGGCUCUUCUGCCUGGCCAGCAAAGGGCAGGCCCUGAGCUUCUACUUCCUCAUUUCAGCAUUGACUCCUCACCAAAAAAAAAAAAAAAAAAAAAUCCGAACAGGUUCAGCCCUCUUUCUUUUUUAAACCUCAGUCCACAUUGGGUUUCCAUCAACAGCUCAGGGAGAGAGAGACGCGCACGGAAACCGGAGGGGCGAGUCUCGGCCACCUUUGGCUGCCGCCGGGGACCCCUCGGGCGGCUCUGCUGGCUCCAGAGAGAUCUGGGCGAGAGGCUGGCCCCACGAUGACCCAGCUGCACUUCAGAGAUGCCUUUUGGUGUAAGGAGUUCACGUCCUGCACGGGCUAUGAGACCCUUCUGCAGCGGCUGCUGGACGGGAGGAAGAUGUGUAAGGAUGUAGAAGACCUGCUGAAGCAGAGGGCCCAAGCCGAAGAACGAUACGGGAAAGAGCUGGUCCAGAUUGCCCGGAAAGCAGGAGGACAAACCGAGAUCCACACGCUGAAGGCCUCCUUUGAAGUCCUGAAACAACAAAUUGAGAACGUGGGAAACUCCCACAUCCAGCUCGCCGUCAUGCUGAAGGAUGAACUCAAGAGCAUCGAGGAGUUUAGAGAAAGACAGAAGGAACAGAGGAAAAAGUAUGAGAUGGCCAUGGACCGGGUGCAGAAGAGCAAACUUUCCCUCUACAAGAAGACGAUGGAGUCCAAGAAGACCUACGAGCAGAAGUGCAAGGAUGCAGAUGAGGCGGAGCAGGUCUUUGAGCGGAUCAGCUCUCAGGGCAACCAGAAACAGGUGGAAAAGAGUCAGAACAAGGCAAAGCAAUGUAAGGACGCAGCCAAUGAAGCAGAGCGUGUCUAUAAGCAAAACGUUAGCCAGCUGGACAAGGUCAGGUGUGAGUGGGAGCAAGAACACCAGCAGACCUGCGAGGCCUUUCAGCUCCAGGAGAGUGACCGCCUCACCAUUCUUCGGAACUCCCUCUGGGUCCACUGCAACCAGCUGUCCAUGCAGUGCGUCAAAGACGACGAGUACUACGAAGAAGUCCGGAUAAGCCUGGAGGACUGCAAUAUAGAGGCAGACAUAGACUUCUUCAUCCAGAAUAAAAUGACGGGAACAGAACGGCCAGAGCCCAUUUCCUAUGAGAACUACUAUGAUCGAAACCCCAAUGGAGGCUCCCACAGUCCCAAUUUUUACCCAGCUUGUGGCAUGAUAAAGAGGUUCUCAGGGCUGUUACACGGGAGCCCCAAAAACUCUACCGAGAAUGCCACCCCCUCUGCCCCUCCUGCAGGGCCCAUCUCUGCUCCUCUGCAGAAGAACGACAUUGUCUAUGCGGACAUUGUACAAACUAAUAGCACCCCAGAAGCCCUGGCCCAGGACUACAGAGUGCUUUACGACUAUGUGGCCCAGAAUGCUGAUGAACUGGACAUCACUGCUGGAGAUAUCCUGACAGUCAUCCUGGAAGGAGAAGAUGGCUGGUGGACGGUUGAGAGGAAUGGGCAAAGGGGCUUUGUGCCAGGCUCCUAUUUGGAGAAGCUCUAAGGGAGCAGCCAGCCUUGAGUCCUUCCCCUCUGCCUUGUUCUGGAUCAUUCCUCUCACCCUGGAAGAGAUGCCCGUCAACCCUUCCUGCCUCAGUUUCUGGGGCAGCUCACACUGCCUUGGCUCAGCCUUCUCCAUGACUUCCAAUGGGCCAGGCCUGGGGAGGUGGGAAGUCAGCUGUGUGGGGUGGCAAGAGCACAGGUCCUAGCAUGGGAGAGACUUGGGUGCUAGACCCAGCUCAGUCCUUAAUGUAAUAUGUGCAAAUUGUUCAACCUCUCAGACUCAGUCUCCCCAU